AUGGCAGGCGAUGAACUUAGUUAUGAGGAGUUGCUGGAUCACAUUUUAAAUAAUAAACCUAUACCCAAUAUCGUUGAAGUACCAAACGUUACUCUAGAUGAGAGUUUAAGUAGUUCGCCUUCACUGAAACCAAGAACGAGGCCUUGGGAAAGACAGCAGCAGCAGCAUCAGUCCGGUAAUGAUGCCCGACAGCAAUCACAAGAGGUUAAAACAAACGUGCCUUUGGAUUUUGAUGAAGAGAGCUUGGAAAAAAUGACCUCACCAUCAAAGCUGUCUGAAUGCUACGAUAUACAAUCCAAGCUGGGAAUGAAUUUUGAUGAUGAUGACUACAACAGCAACGAUAAAGUUGAUGGCUAG